CCCCAAUUCACAUGUUUCAGGACUUGAAUGGUGAACCGAGCUUUCGAGAUUCACUUCUAUCUGUUAACCUGGCAGCCCUGUCCAACAUGAUUUGAUCAAUGCUCCCCGGUAGAGAAUCUUGACUAAUUAGUGAGAAAGAUCGUAGAUGCCAAGCCAGGAAAGGAACGUCUUGGGCAGUUCAUAUAGCAUAAAACAUGUUAUAGACGAGAUCAUGUCCACCAGACGACUUGGGCUUCGCUGAUCAUGAAUCACUGCCGUUUGGGUCGUUUGCCAGUCCACGAGGUUAUUCUGGCACAAAUUUUCCGGCGAAAGGAGCCAACUGCCAUACGGAUUGAGCAGAAGAAGAGGUCACUGAUAUAUUUGCAUUGCAGCCGCAACUCAGGCCUUGUCUACAGAUCGUGGCGAGUUUCAUGUUGGCAGCCUACCGUUGCCUCUGAUCGAAGGCGUAUCUAUGGUCAUUCAUCCUUUGGUGGUUGCAGCAAGCGCAUCCGAUGUAUCCGACGAGCUUCGGAUAUGAAAUGGUCAGGAAUCUGCCAGGUAGCGAGGUCACUCCACAGGUUCAACAAGUCUGACUCUGCCUUGUUCAGGACCGGAUUGUACUUGCCAGGUCACUCUCCGUCGCAAAACACGUGGGGGCAUGUUUUAUGGAUUUCUCUUCUCUCGUCCAUUCUCUUUCUGCCAGGUGUGGGCCUUCUUCAAGCGCCAGACAGAGCAGGCUCAGUCCGAGGCAGAAUCUGCUCUCGGAUUGAAAUGGACUUUCCAAUUCGUACCUGGACGGGUAUGAUUUGCUACGGUCAGCGCUAAGGCGGAGAGUCACGGAGGGAUGAAUGUGUUGGCGAAGAGAAUUGAUGUCAUCUUGAGGCAAGAGUGGAUGCAAUGCGGCGAUGUAGGGC